UGAUUUUAAAAUCAAAUUGACUGGUCUUGAUCCUGCUUGUCACGUGAUCACUGAUGAAAAUGGUUUCAAAUGGCUGGUUUGUCAAGGUACCAUCGACUUCGAAUCCCGACAGCGCCCACAGUACUAUUUUGUUCACCUGACUAAUUGCCGAUCCAACCGGAAAGGGUUAAGGAAUGUCUCGUUUUCUUUGCACAUGACAAAUGGAAACAAUCGUCUCAAAGAAUUCGCUGAAAAUCAGAAAUUCAUGAUGGAGACUGACUUGGCCUUCUUUCUUGGAUACGUGGUGAUGACUAUCGUGGCUACUCGAUUCAGAUACGUCUUGUCGCUGAGAAAGCUGCUGCAUCUAACCUAUCGGUUAUUCUAUAGCAGUCUGUUCUUCAAGACAGUGUGUCUUCUACUCCUAAACAUCGAUUUAUCGAGGUUUGCCCGGACCGGACUUGAAAUGACUAAGAUGCAAGACGCUGCUGAGGUUUUCUCGUGGCUGUCUACGGUUUUCUUUGUGUGUGUUCUUCUGCUUGUGUCAAAGGGGUUCUCUAUCACCAGAGCUCAGAUCAGCCUUCCUGGAACAGUGAAGACGAUAUGUUUUGGUUUCAUCUACUUGACCUUCUACACUAUCGUCUUCUUUGACCAACGUGUGCUCCUGGACCCCCAAGACAUCAUUGUUAGUAUGACGUCACUAUCAGCAAGCGGUGCUAUCAUUUUCGUAUACGGCUGUAUCGUGACGAUCAAGAACCACCCAAGAAAGGUGUCCUUCUAUUUACCAUUCACUAUCUUCUUUAGUGUUUGGUUUGUAGCUGAGCCUACCUAUCGACUUCUAUCCUUGUACGUCUACCCAGUUCUAAAAAGUCCUAAUAUCUGGAAUGGGAUCGACCUGGCUUUGUGUUUUACUGGACAUGCCUAUUUCCUGUAUAUAACGCGACCGGACCGUCUUAAUAAACGGUUCCCUUUCCAUCUGCGAGCAGGAAAGGUUUCAUUCCGUGAUAUCGAUGAAGACGUAGAAGAUCUCUAUAUUCCAUCGAAGGACUUUUAUUCCAUUUUCCAAACUGGAAAGAAAUCGGAUAUCGGACCUGGAACGACAUUGACUAUCCCCGAAGGACCCCAGCACUUCCAAACACCAGUGUUGCCUUUCAACGCACCAUCGGAAGAGUGCCUGGCUGUCCUUCUUCGACCAUCCUUACCGGAGAUACCAACCGUGUCUGCUACUGUUGACCUAUCAUACCGAAUACCCUCACCGGAGAUACCAACCGUGUCUGCUAAUGUUGACCCAGCAUACCGAACACCAUCACCGGAGAUACCAACUGUGUCUGCUACUGUUGACCCAGCAUACCGAACACCAUCAACGGUUAUACCAAAAGUAUCUGGUACUGUCCAGAAACAGACACCUGCAACGUCCUCGGUAUUUGUUUCCAUGCCUUCUGUAGUGGCUAGGCAGUCGAAGAAGAUCACUCCUGCUGGGUCACCAACCGGUCAGAAACAAUUUCCGAACGAAGACGGCGCGGCAGUUGAGAUCUCCACGGCUUCUGUUCCCAAUGGAGGGUUCUCUAUAUUCUCCGUCCAAAAACAACCGGACACCGGAACGUCUCCUGUAUCUGAGUACAUCAAGACAGGAGACAGAGGUACUUUGGAUCGUGAAGACAAGCUUGCUGCUCCAAAAGGAGGAUAUUCUAUCUUCUCUGUGAACAAGCAACCGGACACCCUGACUUCGCCAAAAAAUUCUGACACGGAUGUGACAGAUCAGACGCAGAGGUACACCUCUGUGAAUAAGGAACAGCCCAGUCGUAACAAUGACUACAGCUUCUUGCCAAAGAUCACACCAUCCCUCGAAUCCACUGUGUCAUCUUCUCCGAAAACUUCCAAAGGAUCCGGAUCUGAUGUCCAACUGACCCAUCUUCCUCUGGAGAUCCUGCCAGCGGCAUGCAAACCCAAUCAAGAGCCUUUGAAGACCAAGGUUCCUUGGGACUCUGGAUCUGAUGAGAAGGUGCAAGAAACCAGAGUUGCUGAGAAUCUGAAACAGAUCGUUAUCAAACCAGUAGAUGACUUUAACAUGGAUAAAGACAUUGAUGAAUCCCGAUUUUACACAGAGACCAAAAGCCAGGUCAACGGCGUCGUUUCUAAAGCGAGGAUCAUUAAUGUUCUACCAGUUCAAGUGCCUACCUUGCAGAUAAUGAUCCCUGAGGAAACCGAUUCCGAUACUGCUUUGCCUAACAUAAAAAGCCAGAAUAACGGCGGCAUUCCAAACGUAAGGGUCAUCAAUGUUAAACCACUGAAUGAGCCUUGCCUGAACAUCACUUCUACCAGGGAAUCCAGGGCCAAUGUGGUUACUGCUGCUCGAAUCCAGAAAGUCCUUGAUGCUACAAACGAGCCCGGGCCAGAAAUCACAUCUCUUUCUGAUGACAUCACGGUCGCCGCACGAAAGCCAUCUUCUUUGGCAACAGAGGACGUACUCGGGGUCAAGAAUACUGGACCUCUUGUAGAUCCAUUGAUGAGGGAGUUCCCGGUUCCUCGUCCAAAGAUCCAGAACUGGACCACCGAGCCCCUAAAGCAGCCAAAUCAUCUCCCCAACGUCGGACAAGGAGAAGUGUUUGAGAAUAAUCUCUUCGAUCCAGAUCAUGGAAGUCCAUCUCGUCCAAAAGAGCCGGAUAAUGAUGCUUCCAGAUCUGAAGACAUCGUCACUGUUCCUGCUGCCAACGGAGGAGAUUUCGUAAAGGUGAUUCACAAUAACAAUAUUUUUAAAACAACCUUUCAACCUUUCUUCCAAGCUUACUUUUAA